GUCACCAGCAGAAGAUUCAGCUGCAGUUCAUUUCACAGGUGCAUUACUUUGGCUUAAAACAAGAGAUUCUACUACAAGAGAGGUUCACAGCAGCAUAAUGUUUGCCAGCACCUCACUGCCUCCCAGCAGUAAAGAUAAUCACAACAAUGUGGAUGCUGAAGCCAUCAUGGAAAACAUCAACACCGUCCUCCUUACACUGACCGUUGUGUUUGGGCUCACAGGGAACUCUGUGGUGAUCUGGGUUGCAGGAUUCAAGCUCAAGCAGAAGGUUACCAACGUGUGGCUGGUGAAUCUGGCAAUAGCCGACCUCAUCUUCUGCGUCACACGAGUUUUCUCCCUGAUCAAGAAGCUCUUCUUCGACCACUGGCCCUUUGGAGAAUAUUUCUGCAGGUUUCACGGCUUCUUUAAAUACGCCAACAUGUUUUGCUCUGUCUUCUUGUUGGCUGUGAUCAGUUUGGACAGGAUGGUCGGUGUGUGGAGGCCUUUCUUCACAAAGCAACGGCGUACCCUGUAUGCUGCGAGAGUGGUGGCAGUUUGUGUCUGGUUCACAGCCAUCCUCUUCAGUAGUCCCUACUUGUUCUACCGUCAAGUCAACAUGGGAGAGAACAACAUGAGCAAAUGUUCUUUUGAGGUGAAGGAGUCGGAGGGGGGAGGCAGCAGCCUCAGACAUGCUCUGUAUUUAAACAGGUUCCUGUGUGGCUUCGUUUUCCCCUUCAUGGUCAUCCUUAUCUGCUACAUCAUGGCUGCCAUCGGCAUCCGACGCACUCGCCUUGUAGGAAAGACACGCCCCCUGCGUAUCCUGGCAUUGCUGGUCAUUGCGUUCUUCUUGUGCUGGGGUCCUUACCACUGUCUGCUCCUUGUGAAGAUGGUGGAUAAAAAGAAUGCAGUGCUGAAAAUCUGGCAUCCUUUGGCCAAUGGCUUUGCCUACUUUAACAGCUGCGUGAACCCGCUGCUGUACUUCUUCAUGGGACUGGAUUUUAAGCCCGAACUGAGAUGGAGUCUAACAGGAAUUUGUAAGAAAGCUCUGACUGAUACUGAUACUGAAGAACAGGUGAACCAAUCAGAUGACUGAAAAAGCAGUGCAUCAAAAUAAAACUUUGUUUGGAGAAAAAACACAAGUCAAAGUGAUUCUCAUUGGUCGCUAGGCUUAGGCUUCCUGAAAAUAUUGCAUACAUUCCAAAUCCUUGUGAGAUGGAGUUGUACAACAUAUUCAAUUCAACUAAAUACUCUGCUCAGCAUCUUACUGUUCACCAAAACAUAUACUUCAAGUUGCUUUUUUUGUGCUUGUGAUUUACAAUGAUGGGAGAAAGUCUGUUGAUGAAAGAAUGAAAAAGCAGAGGGAAGUGAAAGUUUUCAUGGAAGUCCAGUACUAUUUAUGAUUCAGUAUGUUCUGACAAAGGUCAAGAGGAGCAGAUAAAAGGAAGUUCUAAGGAAAGUGAACUGCUUUUUUUUCUUAAGUGUUUUUAUAAGAUUUGGUUUCAUUCGGUGAGCCUUGAAAUGUUGAAAUGAUGCAACUGCUGUUUGUGUCACCAUGCAGAAUGACUUCUGAUCAUGUUAUGCUGCAGCAGAAUACUGAUAGUUUGUGAAACAGUAGAAUGUGUAACUUAAAGCAUUGUUUUGUUAGUUUCUGUAAUUUGUUCAGACAAAUAACUACAUUAUUUUGUAAAUACAAAAAAAAGUGACUUGAAUUGUCUAUUUCUGCCAAUUUUACUGUAAACAUGAUUUUAAAAAAAUGCUGUCCACAUAGCCUUUUUUUUCCAGAUAAAAAUCAUUGCAAAGGUUAAGUAAAUUUUUUGGUGAAUUUGAAAAGGUCAUCCAUGCCUUCAUCCCAACUAUAUUUUUUAUUUUGGCAUUGUCACUGAUUGGCCAACUGCAGCUGAAAACAAGGAGGCUCUUAUUGCUGUAGGGCUGUCAGAUUCUGUCUUAAAUUAACUUGGAUGAUGAAUGUUUUGCUUCCAGGCCUCGGCAGAGAUGAACGACUCCUGAUGAGGUCAUUCAGUUAUUAGUUUUUUGUUCAUGUUGGAGAAGGAAUGCACCUAAAAGUUGUAGCACAGUAGUUCCCAAAAACCUGAGGUAGAGGUCCAUAACAAACACUAAGGAACUGUUGUGAAAUCUGCCUUCUGCUCUGAAAUACAAAGCAAUUGAUUCUCAUGAAGAAUGUGUUGGCUUACACAAACUGUGCCAGCACAAGACAAUGGAACAGUUGACAGAAGAGGUGUUGAAAUCGUACUGCGUUGAAUUUACAUUCUUUCAGUGAUUUUAUUCCAAACCUUCUCAAGACGCAUAUAUUUCUUGGAAUACAGUCAUGUGCAUGUUCAUGCAGCCACAGACAAGGCAGAUAAAAUCACAGCAGUUGGCUUCAGUUUACUCAUGAGAAAUUUUAUUUUCCUUCUUUUACGUGCAAGAAGGAAUUUAUGUGUCACUGAAAAAAAAACUACCUUGUCCAGCAGAUUCAUGCACAUAAAUCUCACCAUGACAUUCCAAUAACUAGGAACUGUGAUGACUUAUUGACUUAUCUUUGUUUUCCGUUUCAAAGAAACCCGACAAUGUGCAUCAAUGCUUUUGCCACUGCAGGGAGGUGGAUGUAUCAUAGACUUUCUUCAAUGGGCAGAAACUGAGAUCUUUUUGUUUUUCUCAUGAGACGUCAAAUAAAAACCACAUGUAGCAGAAUUUAUUCAAGUUAAGUAAAUGCAUUAAUUAUAUUUGUAAACAUUUACCACAUAGUGAAAGCUUAAAAAGUCUCUGAAGUUUUUUGGUUCAAUAAAUUGUGUUGGUUCAAACAAAGUCCUCUUGAAUGUCCAGGUUUGAUUUGUAGAACUCGGACUCCCAGUCUUGUGAUGACAGGUUUUCCUGGGACACGUAGCUUAGGUCUGUAUUGUAGGCCGACUCA